GUGUGUGGCUGUUCGAGGGGGAGGGAGGUAAACAAGAUGGCGACAACCUGAGAGGCAGCAGUAGCACAGAGAGUGAGGGAAAAAUUACUGAUAUUGAGCGUUAACACUCAAACGGAACAUUUUCACCGAGGACGGACAUACGAAGUGCAAACACACCGCACAACGGACACACUCAUUCGGAUAAAGGCUCCAAGCUAUACAAACUGCGGUGACAUGGAGGACACCUGAGGACGGUUCAACACUUUGGGUGCUUCAGUCGACCUGCAACGCGACUGACACCAGAUAUCGGAUCGAUCCUGCUGCUUGUUUCGGUUGUUGUUCUCCGCUUGGAUCCAGUCCAGCUGUACACACUUAUGUGUCCUAUGGAAAGUAUGCAACCCAGCCAGGACCUUUGACAGAAAUGCCGUGCUGUGAGGCCUUAAAGCAAGACUGGUUUCAUUUACCAAAAAUUGUAUGGUAUUAAAAUCAUAAACGGAUAAAACAACACUGUCGCAAAGGAAAAUAAUAUUGUAGAAUCAUAAUUUUUAGCACUCAUCGAUUUGGUUCAUAAUGCACAGUAAAAAACACUAAUUGAGCCAACAGCUUCUGCACCUCUUUUAGGACCGCUUGUACAAAAAGAGCCCUAAUGUUUACAGGUUUCACAUUGAUCACCCACUUUUUUCUUCAUCUCUCAGGCCUCAUUUUUCCCUCCCUCAUUGUCAGUAUUUUCUAGAAACACUCAGUUCAGCUGAAAGGUUAACAGCGGUUUACCCCCUACCACCAGUUGUAGCCAGUUUUUAAACCUUUUCCCUGCACACAAGGCUUGGGCAGUGGUUAGAAGAAAUACCAGUCAUGAGUGACGGGGAGCUGCAUCACCUCGAUUAUCUAAAUGAAAAUGAACUUAUGGAGAUGGACACUUUUAUUCACCGCAUUGACUCAACAGAGGUGAUCUACCAACCACGGAGGAAGAGGGCAAAGCUGAUAGGAAAGUACCUGAUGGGGGAUCUGCUAGGGGAAGGAUCUUAUGGCAAGGUGAAAGAAAUGCUGGACUCAGAAACACUUUGUCGCAGAGCUGUCAAGAUACUGAAGAAGAAGAAGCUUAGGAGGAUUCCCAACGGAGAAGCCAAUGUGAAAAAGGAGAUUCAGCUGCUAAGAAGACUCCAACACAAGAAUGUGAUUCAGUUAGUUGAUGUGCUCUACAAUGAAGAGAAGCAGAAAAUGUAUAUGGUGAUGGAGUAUUGUGUUUGUGGGAUGCAAGAGAUGUUGGACAGCGUACAAGAGAAAAGAUUUCCAGUAUUUCAAGCUCACGGGUACUUUUGCCAACUUUUAGAUGGCCUUGAAUAUUUGCACAGCCAGGGAAUUGUUCACAAAGAUAUUAAACCAGGAAAUCUGCUGCUGACCACAGAUGGAUCACUUAAAAUCUCUGACCUUGGAGUGGCAGAGGCCCUUCAUCCGUUUGCAGAGGAUGACACGUGUCGCACCAGUCAGGGCUCGCCGGCCUUCCAGCCCCCGGAGAUCGCUAACGGUCUGGACACCUUUUCGGGGUUUAAAGUGGACAUUUGGUCUGCUGGAGUAACACUAUACAACAUUACAACGAGUCUUUAUCCGUUUGAGGGAGACAACAUCUAUAAGCUAUUUGAGAACAUUGGAAAAGGAGACUACACUAUUCCUGAAGACUGCGGACCUCUCCUGUCGAACCUGCUGCAAGGAAUGCUUGAGUACGACCCUUCAAAGAGGUUUUCCAUACAAAACAUAAGGCAACACAACUGGGUGCGAAAGAAACACCCUCCAUCUGAGCCCCCCGUUCCCAUCCCUCCCAGUGCAGAAAGCAGGGACCCAUGGAGGAGUAUGACAGUAGUUCCCUACCUGGAAGAUUUACAUGGCUACACAGAAGAUGAUGACGACGAGUUCUACGAUGGAGAGGAUGAGAUCAUAUACACUCAGGACUUCACAGUGCCAGGGCAAGUGGCUGAAGAAGACUAUGAUCAGGAGAGUGCAAAUCCCAGUGUAGCUGUAGCCAAGCCAGUUUGUGUGAAUGGGACAGAAGGAGGGUCUCUAAACAGCAAAACCAAAGCUGAGCGCAGAUCCUCCUCUUCAUCCAACCCCUCACGUAAAGGAGUCUCCACAGCCAGCAAAAUCCGCAAGCUCUCCACCUGCAAACAGCAAUGACAGCCUUCAUCUUCCUCCCUAAACAACAACAACCCACCUGGUUUAUCUGUCCUCAUCCUUCUGUAUCAGGAGUCUGCUGACGUUUAUGCCCCCCUGCACCUCUCCCCGGACCUGCAGACUUUCUAGAUGAGCUGCAAGAGAUCCAGAAGGAGGAGGACAAUAUGAAAAGUAUUUUCUCCUCUGAGACUGUAGCCCUUGCUGUGAAGAUUGUGUUAAUUUUCCUCCAUUAUUUCCGCUCCUUCCAACAGUGCAUCACUCAGUUCAGUCCUCUGGUUACUUCCCUCCUCCCCCGAGCUGUUUUCCUUGUCAGAGGACCAAAUGUUGCACCGGACAGUUCAGACACCAACACCCUGUUUCUGCCCCUUCACCCCACCUUCUGUUUCUCUACCUUUGUUUUUACUGAACCCUAACUGCAGUUUUUAAUACACAUUGUGAUGUGUAUAAACAAAACAAAAUUAAAGUGGGUAACAAAAACCAAACGUAUGAAUAAUUCUAUGUUUAAAUCUAUCAUGUGUUACCAGCAACAUAAAAACUGCAUGCAGUAGAAAGCUGGAAGAAAGGGA